UUUGCACAGGUGUACUGUGUCGAUGAUUGAUGAAAAAUGCUUACUUAAACAAGUUUUAGGUGCACAAGUUUUCAGUAUACCACGAACUGUGUCUAACACAAGUAAACAAAGAGUUUUAUUAAAGCUGAGAGAUAAUGCCGCUCACGAUAUCAUACGUCAUUGUGGGCUUAAUAGCCGUAACAGCCAAUGCUCACUACGUAUGGAAAGAUGACCACGAUUCAACGAACCAUCACUCAAUGUUUCCUCGAAUGAAUUUCCCCACAUUUCCAGGAAUUCCGCAAUUUAACUUCCCUUCUCUUCCGGCAUUCCCUAUGAUGCCCUCAAUGGAGUUUCCGCAACCGCAUAAAGGUUUUAAUGGUGUAUCUGUGAGUGCCUCAAGCUUCCAAGGUGUUGAUAAGGAUGGCAAGCAUUACAGAAAAGGUGGCACCUCCAUCCUCACUAGCGAAGAUGGUGUUGAGAAGGAAAUUACACUUGAAAACGGCACGCCAAAUGUUGUUGUGUAA